AUCUCAUUAUUAAAUUGUUAAACAUUUUCUGUUAGUUACUAGAAACAGAGUUUAUAUUGAAUGGUAGUUGUAUCUUCAUCUAUGCAUGCUUAGAAGAGAAAUUCAAGAGUGGUUUUACAUUACAAUAUGUACUUAUUUUUAACUACAUUUAGUCACAAAUUUAAACAUCAACCCAGAAAUUGUUCUUUUGUAGGUAGUCAUGGAUUCACCAAGGGAAACAAUAGAAGGAGAAAGAGAUAUGAUUAGCACAUUACAUGAAAGCAUUCUUAGUCAGAUCCUGUCUUUCAUUCCGAUCGUAGACGCGGUUAGCACUAGCGUCUUAUCAAGAAGAUGGGUUGAUGUUUGGAAAUGCAUAACCAAUCUAGAUUUUGAUGAUAGUUUGCUUGGUUCUAGAAAGAAAAGGAUGCAAAAGGAACAGUUUGUGAAUUUUGUUGAAAAAGUGCUUAUUCAUUUCACUAACUCAAGCAUCCAAAGUUUCUCUCUUUCCUUAACUAGCCAUCAAUAUGAUGCAUCUAAGUUAAGUGAAUGGAUUUCCUUUAUCCUAGAAAGGAGAGUUCAAAAGCUUCAUAUUCAAUAUGCUGAUAAAGUUUUCCUUCCUUCCGAUUCACUUUUUCGCUGCAAUUCUCUAGUCGAUUUGACGCUUCAAAUGAGAUGUACUCUUAGUCUUCCCAUAUCUGUUUGCCUCCAAAACCUUCAAAAACUUAGCUUUUCUGGGGUUAAAUUAGUGAGUGAUUCGCCCACUUGUUCGAAAGAUAUAACUCUCAAUUUCCCGAUUCUCAAAGUGUUUGAAGCUAGAGGGUGUGAAUGGCCAACAACACAAAACAUUAGUUUACAAGUACCUGUACUUGAGAAGUUUUCAAUAGCAAUAUGGAACCAUCAUUCAAAUAAAUCAAGUAAAUAUGCCAUCAAGGUUUAUAGUCGACGCUUAACAGAUUUCGCUUAUGAGGGUGAUCUUGAACAAGACAUUGUUCUAUGUCAUUCGUCGUCAAUUUGUAAUGCUUCUGUUGUGAUUGUUCUUGAUGAAGAUAAAAAGGAUAGAAUGGAAAAACUUGGAUUUCAAGCACAUAAUCUUCUCAAACAAAUCGAUAACGUGGAACAGCUAAAGUUAUUGUUUUACAAGGUUUUAAGGCAUGGUAAAGAUAUUUUCACCAAUCUUCCUGUCUUUGGAAGGUUAACUUAUCUGCAACUAAAUGAGGUCACUGGUGAAGCAUUGUUGCAAUUACUCCACAAUUCUCCAAUUCUUAAUUCUCUUGUUUUACUUAAUGGAGUAGCUGAUUUAGACAAAGAUGUAUUUACUUCUGCAAUGGUUCCUCACUGCUUUUUGUCAAGCUUCAAAGUAUUUCAGUUUAAAGGAUUUAAUGCGAAUGAGCACGAUCUUUGUUUGGUACAAUUCGUGUUGGAAAAUGCAGCAACCAUGGAGAUGAUGAUGAUAUCACCGGCUUUUUGGCUGCGGUAUGCAAAUGUCGAUUUGAAAAAAGUUAAGGAGAAUGUACUCUCAUUACCAAAGUGUUCUAACAAUUGCAAGAUAGAGUUUUCUGAUAUCAGUAGUUCCUGAAGAUUUUCAAAACACGAUACAAAUAUUUGCGUCGCUACUCGCUACUGUUUAAUGUAUCUAGUGUAUUGCUUUACUACACUAUAGCAAUGCAAAAUGUAAGAGGUUUUCUAGUAGUGAUUUAUUUAUGAUUAUAAUGUUAUUGUAUCCUGUUUUAUACUGUAAAAAUAAGUUUACUGAUAAUUGAAAUGUAUCUCAAUUCUCAACAUGGAAAAUAUAAUAAGGGAAUUGUAUCACAAUAGCUUUGUACAAAUUUUCAUACUCA